CAAGGCGUUCACAAAAAAGCACACUUCCCAGGACCAAGAGAAAGAAAGCCAAGAGAAAUCUGCGAAAGAAAACGGACGAUUAUUGGGGAAAAGGCGAGAGCGACGUAAAUAUACUUCGAGCAAGCGGCAAAAUUCACUCCUAAUAGACAAGUUAAUCGCCUAAAAUUGAACUGUUUUUUGCUAGGAAAAAAACAUCAAUGGCAGCUCAAGCUGGAAGGGCAAUUCAAGACCAAAAUCUAAAUGUUCAUCAUGAUGUGGCUCCUCUUGGAGUAAAGACCAGUUUCUCGAAGGCAGAGAAGAAUGGAAAGCUUAGUGUAAGGAAAGCGCUGAAUGAUAUAUCAAACUCUGGGAGGCCUUCCUCUCUCCAGACUGCAAAGAAGCAAAACUGGAAGAAUACAAUCUCCGUCGGAGAAGGUAUUGUUUCCUCUAAACUGCAAUCUUCUUUGGGAGAGAAGAUAACUGUCUCUAAGGCUGCAGAAACAGCUAAAGCUGGUGGUAGGAAAGCACUUGGGGACCUUACCAACUAUGGGAAACAACAUAUUCACCAAGCAUCGAAAAAGACGGGUAAGAAGCUGAGUGCUGUUGCUGAAGAUCAAAUUCUUCCCAACAACGUUGCAGAGGAAGGAUUUCUGCAUAAUCAUCAGGAAUGUGUCAAAGCACAGCUGAAAGGCCCGAACAUGAAAUACUUUCUGGAGAUAAUUGGGCUGGAUCAAGAUAAUACCAUGCACGUGGCCUCUCCGCGGGUUUCCCCCUUGCCAGUAAAAUUGAAGCCGGAGAGUCCUCCCAGGUACUUGGAAAUGGAAGAGAUUUCAGAACUCCCAUACGAAGACGAACAUCGUUGGAAAAAGACUCCCCAUGGAAGUCCAAAAUCGCCUCAACCUCAGUGGAAGGCUGAAUCGCCCAAAUUCAUGUUGAUGAAGGCACCAAAACUGCAGAAGCACUGAUGCUUCUUAGCGAGACGUUUUUUUUUUUGGCUGCUUGCUGGAAUUAUCCUAUGAUAAUUCUUUUGUUGUGUAGUUGGUCCUUGGAUAGAGCCAACAAGACCUGCUAGUUUUGUGUAUUCAGCUAUUUGCUUUUUACCCGCUUUUCUUAAUGAACAAAUCAUAGUUAAAAGUGGAUCUGG